GAGGAUGAGCACAGGGGGCUCUGGGUUUGUCAGGCUGGUGAUGAGGCUCUGGUGGCUGUGACCUCACAGAGGAUGGGCACAGGGGGCUCUGGGUUUGUCAGCUGGUGAUGAGGCUCUGGUGGCUGUGACCUCACAGAGGAUGGGCACAGGGGGGUCUGUCCCCAAGGACAGCACCAGGCAGCCCCACUGCAGCUGCACUUGGUGACUGGUGUGCAGGGAAGGCUGGGGCCAUGGCUGCAGCAACCACGUUCCUGGUGCUGCUGCUGGCCCUCCUGCUCAAGCAGACGCAGGACCUGCGGGCCGAUGUGGCCACGGCCCAGCGGAUGUGGCAGCGCCAGAAUUUUCUGUACCACGGGGUGAAGAAGCUGCUGCAGGACAUCAGGUGGAGCAGGUCCCCACAAGAAGCCCCACUCCUCUCUGGGUCACAGCUCUGUCUCUUCUGGGCUGCUGCAGCAGUCAUGGCCCUGGAGAUCUGCUGGCUGGCCUGGCAAAUGAAGUCCACACUUUGCACCUGCCACGAGCAGGACAGCUCUGGCGGCGAGGAGGAGGAGGGUGAAGAGAAGGAGGAAAAGCUCAAGGAACAAGGCCCCAGAGUCAGGCUGCUCUCUGUGCCCACCCUGCUGCCCGUGCAGGGCCUGUCUGACAUGUGCAGGGAUGUGAAGAAGAUGACUCUGGACGUGCUCCGUGUCUGCCGGGCGCUCUCCAAGAACACUUUCAUGCCCGAGCUGCACCCGGCCGCCAGCAGGAACAGCAUCCACGAGUCCUGGAGCAUCUCUGAGGAGCGAAUCGUGUACCAGCUGCUGGUGUCCCUGCAGCCACCCUCCAGGCACUCCUUCAGGCUGGAGCAGCUCUGCGGGACACACCUGCCAGAGAGGAGCUCCAACGUGCGAGUGGUGCUGGAGUGCAGCUGCCCGAGAGCCACGGGGGACGCGCCGUGUUUCGUGCACCCCGCAGAGAACCAGGAGCCAGCCCAGGCCUCGCCCCUGCUGCAGACCCUGUGCACGGGCUCCUACCUGGACGUGGAGGAAAUGGCCUGCUGGGUGCAGAACUCGGUGCAGACAGCCUGGGAGCACCUGCCCCAGUGGCAGCACUGGCAGCUGACGGUGCUGCCCAGCUCCCGCUCCUGCCGCCUGCUGCUCAGCGGCCCCUCCGGCCUGCAGCUCUGCGCUGUGCUGGUGUUUGCCGUGGAGCAGGGCAGCCCAGGCACCUUCCUGAUCCUGCAGUGACCGUGGCCAGAGCUCCAGGGCUGCUCUGGGCUGGGGCAGUGGGGAGCUGGGAGUAGGCACAGGCAGAGAGCUGACCUCAGCUGCCCAAAGGGAUCUGCUGGACAAUGGAACAAUGAGCUCAGAAUAUUAAAAGAGAGGAGAAGGAAGAGGCAUGGGACAUUUAUGGCAUUUAUCUCCCCAAGUCACCACCACAGGUGAUGGAGCCCAUCUCUCCUGGAGGUGGGUGAACACCUGCCAGCCCAUGUGAAGACAAAUUCUGUAACUCCGAACAUCUCAGAAUCACAGAGUCAAUCAAGUUGGAAAAGACCUCUGAGGUCCUUGAGUCCAUCCUAUGAUCCAACACCACCAUGACACUAAGUGUCAUGUCCAGUCUUUCCUUAACACCUCCAGGGAAAGUGUUAAGUAGCUCAGCCUUUUCUUCAUCUUUGGUGACUGUAUUUCAUCCUGGGUCCAGUAAAGAAUGGACGUUUUCCUUGGCCCUCCCAUUGCCAUCAAUGUAUUCAUAAAACAACUUUAUAUUUCCUUCC